GAAUUUACGGCAUCCAAUUCCCAGUUCCUGGAUUCCAGCUACUUGGGGAACCCGUGACUCUGAUGUCAGAUGCCGCCCGAGCACUACAGCCAUCAUACGAGGGCCCAGACCUGCCGGUCCUGAGCGGUGCCAGUCCAACAACUGCGGCUCUCCUUGUGUGCUUUGCAUCGAGACUAUCAGCAGCAGCGCAUUUUUACGAUGAGUCUCCCCCUUACUUUGAAGGACCGCGGUAUGAAUCCAGCAAGAUCGCUGUGAAUAGUGUCCAGAAACUCUGCUAUUGCGGUCAGCCAAUUUGCCAUCUAACUGAGGACAAUUAUAGCUUCCUAUCGGCAACAUCCGUCUGGCUUUUAUACACAGUGAUCCAGACCUGCCAGCGGGACUUCUCUCACCUCAUAAUUUCUUUUCACAGCUUGAAGAUCCUCCAGAAAGCUUCCGCACCUUCCUCCCCCUUCAGAUGUGAGUCCACCCCGCUGCUAAUCUACGCUCCGCACUCAUCAAUGGCUUCUUACACAGUUCACAGCCAAUACCUUCUAGGAUCACAUGCAGGGUACUACAAGGCACUACCACAAAGGGCAGACCCAACAUAUUGUUCUCUCUUACAGGCUGAGCCCUGUAGGAAACAUUUCCGCUUAAUGAUAAAUAAAGCCCUUUGUAUCAACCAUUGCCUUCUAUAUGGAAGAUGCAAAAAUUUUUUUUUAUAAAUUUCAGACUGCUAAGAAAAAGACAAAGCUAGCAACCCCCUAAUGUUUAUUAGAGUUUAGGAUGAAAUCAUAAAUAUCUGCCAUUAUUUCUACAUUAGUACUAGACUAGGGCACUAGAGAGUAAAACUAAAAAUGUAUGAGAAAAUAGUAUUUAAAUGACCCACGAUAUACAUG